GCAAAGGAGCUGCGUUUUGUGCUCUUAGGACUUGUUUUUCGGAGAGGAGAGUAAAACUUCCGUCUUCAGCCCCAGCAGGAGUUUUUCGCUAGGGUGCUGCCCAGAGGCUUCUUUUCUCUUCUGUUUAGCAGUUUCAGCCUGAGUCAGAGCCAUGGCUCCAAAACCUCGAGGAGGAAAGAAUCCACGUGGCAAAAAGAAAAAAGGAAAACAUGGUGAAAAUAAGGACUUAGCACUUGGUAGUGAAGAAGCUGAACCUGUAAAUAUGGAGAGCCUGGGUCAUCCAGAAAUUUAUCCUUUAGUGUUAACUACCAAGACUCAAGAAAUAUUCAGUUGCCGAAUAGAUGAAGAUCUGACCGAUGAGCAACCUUAUAAACUUAUCAAAAAACAAGAUAUUUUGGCAGACUUUCAAAACAGAGCUGCAGUAUCUGAUUUCUACCCAGUCAAAAAAAUUAUCCAGGAAUAUCCUGGAGAUGAGAUUCUGAUUGUUUAUGACAAAGACUUCGAAUUUGGACUUAACUUUUAUGUUAUUGGAACCGAAGAGGGCAAGGAAAACUAUUUAAAUCCCCCACAAGCUCAGGAAGAACAGGAUGAAGACAUUCCUGAAGAGAUGUACGAUUAUAAGCCACCCAUCUCUAAACCAUGGGUUUCUUUGGGCAGUGAAAAAGAAAUUGAAGAAGAAUCCGUUACGACAUCUACAGAGCAGAUUACAUAUAUGAUUUCUCAAAAACGAGCUGAUUUUGGUGCCCCGAUUAAGUUCAGUGACCAUAAUGCUUCCAGUGUAAAAGAUGCCUAUAUUGAAUGCACAGCCUACCCAGAUAAAAAUUUUGUUAUUAAGCAACUGGAGAAAGAUGUUGGCAUGCAAGUAGUCCCUGAAAUUAAGGAGAUAAGUACUCAGACAAAAUGGACAUAUCCCAGAAACGCUACUACACAAUAUUAUCCAAGAGAAUUUUUAGAAAAGGAAAAAGAAACAUUCGGACAAUCAAAGCCAUUAGCUGAUUUUCUUAACAACAUGUCCACAAGCGUUGAAAUAGCCCUGCAACAAAAUGAAAUCACAAACACAUUUAUUGACGACUGGAAAACCCUGGCGGAAGAAGAAGGCACCUUUGGGGACAAGACCGAUACCCACCUGAAGGAGUACCAGUCCUUUACCGACCUCCAUAACCUGAUGGAGAAAAUGGUCACCUGCGUCUCCUGGCACCCGAAUAUCUAUGGACUGAUAGCUGUGUCGGUGGCCGUGCGGCUCUCCUUUGAAGAAAGAGUUUACUUUUCUGGUAAAUUAUUGCUGCAACCAUCACUGAUUCUGUUCUGGAGUUUCUCCGACCCCAUACAUCCUCAGUUAAUGCUGGAGAGCCCAGACGACAUUUUCUGCUUCAAGUUCUGUCCGAGUAACCCUAAUAUUAUUGCUGGAGGCUGCAUCAAUGGGCAGAUUAUCCUGUGGGAUAUUACUGCACAUGCUAGUCGCAUCGAGCACGUUAAGACGGGCAGCAGCAGAAGUAAAAAAGCCACACUCAAGCCCAUGUUUCUCCUUGAACCAGACGAUAAUAAAGAAGCAAUGUAUAUCAGACACUGUGCAGUCUCCUCAAUAGAAAAUGGACAUAGGAAAGUAAUUACAGAUAUACACUGGCUGUCGGACACCUUUGAGAUUAACAGAAUGGGUUCUGUCUUUGAGAAUCGAAGUGGGAUAUGCUGCCAACUGGUCACCUGUUCGGCAGAUUGCACAAUAUGUUUUUGGGAUAUCAGACAACAGAAAGGUACAACCAUUCAAUCAACAGAGAAGAAGAAAGAAGAAAGUAUUGAAAUUCCUAAUGAUGUACCAUCUACAUUUUUGCAUCUAGAUCUCUCCUGGAAACCUCUCUCUAAGCUAAGACUGUCUAAAGGUGAAACAAGUUUAGACCACUGUCCAGUCAAGUUAAGCAUGGGUAAAGACCAUCUCAUUUACAAAACACAAGAGAAAGUGUUAGUUCAGAACAUAGUCGUAAAGACUGAAGAAAUGAACCCGUACCAGAACCUGGAAAGUGGGUUGGCCAAUCUCCUCAGGCCGAUAGAGGACUUCUGCACAAAGUUCUUUGUGGGAACAGAGGAAGGUGAAGUGUUAUACUCAGAUUGGAAAAUGGAAAGAGACCCUGAAACUGGCCGAUUGAUGACAAGGAAGCCCCUGAGCCUCAACACCGUCCAUGAUGGUGCCAUCCACACUGUUCAGAGGUCACCCUUUUACAAUGACAUUAUCCUCACCGUUGGGGGAUGGAACCUGGCCAUCUGGAAGGAAGGUGUCAUGUUCGGACCCCUCCUUCAGUCAUGCUGUGCUCCAAAAAGGUACACCUCAGGGCACUGGUCCCUGACGAGGCCCGGCGUCUUCUACAUUGGCCGAGAAGAUGGGUACAUCGAUAUCUGGGACCUUCUGGAGAAAACCCAUGAGCCAGCCCAGUCACAGAACAUCUGUAUAACGAUGAUCACCUGCAUCAAACCCUGGACCUUUACUGCGAAGCAGCAAUUCAUAGCCGUAGGUGAUUACUAUGGGACCCUGCAUAUAUUAGAGAUCCCUUGGACGUUGAGUCACCCUUCCACCAAUGAGGCAUCAAGUAUAAACCAUUACUUUGAAAGAGAAGUCAAGCACCUGGAAUAUGUGGAGCAACGCAAGAAAAUCCGUGAGCAAGAAAGGAAGGAAAUGGCGCUGGAGAGGGAGAAGAAAAAAGUUAAACCGCAUCAGAAGGGAAAAGAUCAGCUGGAGGCUGAUUUGAAGAUGGACUACGAGAGCUACUUGGAACUGGAGGGGACCGUCCUCCUCAGCCUGGGCCUCAUUAAGGCCACGGACACGCUGUCGUUCGUGGACAUGAUAUAGGAGCCUUCCUGUGGGGUGCCUGGGGCCUUCGGGAGAGAGACUGCCUUUCCUUCCUACCCAUUGCUUUUAUGUAAGGUGGACUGUCAGACCAAACAUUCAAUGGGGUUACUCAUGAAUAGCAGGCUUUGGUUUCACUGCUAGUAAAACUUUUCAAUUAUAACAAUUAGGAAGAUCUGCUUUGAUCAUUUCUAGUUUUAAUAUGUACCGAAACUUUGUACCAAGUAUGAAACUUAUGGAUAAGGGAACUUUGAUUUUCCUAUAGAAAUACACAGCUUCAGAGACCCCCUUACCCCCAGUCCUCAAUAGCCAUUCAGGGCCCCAACCCCAGAGAGAAGUGGAAAUGAAACUUUUUUCCUAAUUACCAGGUUGCUUUUGGUCACCUCCCCAAAAAGAGCUCCCUUUGGGCCCCUGCACAGAUUGUAGGGCCGUGUGCCGAACAAAAUAGUAGUGAGUCAAAUCCAGAAACAUAUGCAUAAAGAAAGGAUGACGUGUGAAGGUCAUGCUGGCUUAUCCAGGAAAUAUAACGUUAAUUUAACAGUAGAAAAUAAAUUGAUGAUUGAUGAAAGGAGAGAAAGUCUGAUACCAAAGAGAUGCAGGAACACAUUCGAUAAAAUUUGAUAUCCAUUCCUGAUAAAGCAACAAUAGAUUCUUAGCAACUUCAAAAAGAAGGGAAGAAGCAGGGCUUCCCUUAACCUGAUGCAGGGAAUGUAAAAAAAAAGACCUACAACAAGCCUAACUAUGGCUCAAUGGUUGAACGUCAGCCUAUGAACCAGGAAGUCACAGUUCAAUUCCCAGUCAGGGCACAUGCCUGAGUUGCAGGCUCGAUUCCCAGUAGGGGGUGUGCAGGAGGAAGCCAAUCAAAUGAGUCUCUCUCAUCAUUGAUGUUUCUUUUUUGAAAAUAUAUUUUAU